AUGGCAUUGAAAGGAGAUGGAAGGUUCGAGAGGGAAGAGGCAUGCGACGGCUCAGCCGACAGAGCUUGGGGUAGCAUCGCGGCCGAUGUUCCUGCGGCGCACGAAUGCAUUAUGAGAUGCCAGAGACAAUUUUUCGAAAGGACCCUGACGACUUACGACUGGGCAAGCUUCAACUGGGCGCGUUUUUACGACAAUGCUGAGACGAUUCCUUCGGAAGCCUGCGAAACCUUGUUCGCUGCAAAAGACAAGAGGGACGGUUCUCCGCUAUGGGAGCUUUAUUGCUGCGACUCGUUGCUCUGCGGCGUUCAGACGAGAGAAAAUCCUCGUCAAGAUCCCAACGUCAACAGUAUCAUGCUUCACUGUCAAAAGUAUGUUCUUUUUCACCAGACAACCGGGGCACAUGGCGCUGACAACAAGUUGACAAGUCGCGGACUUCCUCCUCUCCAUGACCCAGGACCUCCCCCCGGAGGGUACUUGUGUCCUCUAGACUCGGUAGCCCAAGGUGAAGACGGGUUGCCGUGUCAGAGGGCCAAUGCCAAAUUCGGCGAUGUCCUACCGGGAUCUGCGGUAGACGGGGUUUCCAUCACCGUCAUCACCACCGAGACGAAGCCGCAGCCCUCUCUAACGACGACCUCUACAACCACAGCUGCUUCAGACGCAGUGAUACUUGCCCAACCGGACACUUCGUCGAAUUCCAAUGAGGGACCUGGAUCAUUGUCCGCGGGUUCCAGAGCCGCCAUUGCCGUCUGUUGCGUGCUUUUCCUGAUUGCGUUCCUCGUAUCCAUCCUCUGCUACCUCCGUCGCCGACGCCAACGCGAUCAGGGUUACCCCCCGAGUCUUCGAUAUGCCGAUUCCGUCAAACCCGCCGACUCGCCCACCCCUCUCAUCUCACCUACAAUGUCUGCCGAAGCCCGAUCCAGGGCGUCGCUGCCACCACUUCGACUUCGGGACCGAAGGCUGCUCCCCACCAUCUUGACUCCAGACCCGGCCUCCAGUGAUCACUUGGGUCACACGCCAGGGUCACCUCGAGCUCCACCACCAACGUACAGCAGCUUCCCCCCUUCUCCAUUGCGCUCGCCAGCCACGAGCAAACUCGUGCCGCGGCAUGAACACACCGUCCAAACGGAAGGGCGUUCCUCUGGCACCACGCCCACCGAGACGCUCUCCUUCCGCAGCUCUGGCAGCACCCACACCGUCGGCGUCUCGGCAUACUCUACAGCCACAGCCCCGUCGCCCUCACGUCCGCCGCGGCCCCACGAAUUUCCGCUCGAGAUCCCCGAUCUUGUCAGUCCCGGCCUCGGCCGCGGUGGGCAGACUCCGCGUCCGGGCCCCCCGCCGAAUCGCUCGCUUCCGCCGGCACCGCCUGUCAGUCCUUCUUCGGCAAGCUGGCCGACGCCGUCGAUGAACCACGUGCACGGCGAUGUCGGCGUCGCUGUUGGUGUGGUGUCGCACAGCCCCGCACAGGGCGUGACGCUGCGGCCAGAGUCCCGGGAGCUCUGCGAGCUGACGGAGAGGGUCCCAAAGUUCGGCGAGCCGGGCGGUCGGGCGCCCCCAUGCCGGAGACCACCCAGCCACUCCGUCAAGGUGAGUCUCCCCGCCCUCGUCGGCACAGCGCACCGCAACACGGUCGUCCUGCAUUUCGCGACGGCGGACGAGUUCCGGAGGCACACGCGCGACGCGCAGUCCCUCGCGCGGUGGAUCUGCAGGAGCAUCCCCCGCGACCUGGCCGAGCUGUACCCCAUGCGCAGCCCCGUCGACCUGCCGUGCGGGUGGCGCGUGCACGUCCUCUGGCUGGAUCUGCAGGCGAAGCGAGACACCGUGUCGCGCGCGAGGGCGCUGGCGCUGUACGGGCCUGCGCAGUUCGAGGCGGACAUGGCGGCCAUGGAGGGUAGGGCGUUCCGCGACGCCAUCUGGAUAGGGGAGGAGGGGGAGACGGCCCCGGAGAGGGGGGGGGGCGGUCGACUUUCGGUACUGGGGGCUGCGCAAGGCUGA